ACAAAUCCAAUUCGAAACUCACUUCCUAACAAUAUUCAUCCCGUGGUGCCAUCAAUAAAAUUAGAUGAGCCAUCACUUUCGAAAAGACUCUUUUUUCUUCUUUGCUUUUCUUGUUUUUUAAGAAAGUGUGCGGUGGACGAGGUAGGUGUGGGCUCUGCUUUGAAGCUUAAAGCAUCACCCCGAGGGGAUAUCAGCUCCAUCAAAGAAGAUGGCUCCAAAUCCAGACCCCGAAGGGAUAUCAUCUCCAUCGCCUGCAGCGAUGACAGCGUCCAUCGACCGAACCCUCCAUGCUCUCGGUUUCGAGUACGAGCUCGUCUCGCCACAAAAGGUGACCGGAAGGCUCAAGGUCACCAAGACAUGCUGCCAGCCUUUUGAUGUGCUAAACGGAGGUGUGUCGGCCCUCGUCUCGGAAACCUUGGCCAGCUUGGGAGCCUACAUGGCCUCGGGAUUCCGGAGAGUUGCCGGGGUUCAGCUCUCCACCAACCAUCUCAAGCCAGCUCUGCUAGGCGAAGAAGUAGAGGCAGAAGCCAGGCCCAUUCAGCUGGGCAAAACCAUCCAGAAGAAUUCUAGGCAGAUCGCACGCCUGAACUUGAAGCACUAUUUCCAAGGAAGUAUAAUCGGCAUAAUGAAGUAGAAGGUUGGCGAUUUCCAUCUUGGUUUGCAACUAAUACUGCAUUCCAAAAACAUUGACAAAUGUGGCUUAUAUUAGGUGUGGAUGUAAGAGCAGAUGACAUUGUUUUUGUCUCUCAACGAAGUUCUCUGCCAAUAGGCCUUUGUCUCAAAUGAAACAUCUCUCCCUCUCGCUCUUUUAUAACAAUUCUUUUCUCCUAAGUUUUCAAAAAUUAAAUGACCCAUCAUGACAAAUCUACAAGACAAUGGAACCUUAGGAAAACCAAAACAAUACCCAUCAAUUCCAUGAAGAGACUCCUUUUCCUAUUUACUCAUGUCAUAAGAAAACACUAUUGCUUCUCACAAGAAGAUUAGCUGACUUAUUGUAUUCUCAACAGAUAGCAUGUGGAGAGAUCACUCUUGGGUAGUGUUUUCAGAUUAGUCAUUGCACCCAUUCUCUCUACAACAGUAAGCCAGAAAGAAUAAUAAACUUUAUGUCGUUUGCCAGAUAAUUUGAUGGAAUUUCAUUCUUUCAUCCAAAAAAAUAGUAACCAACUUUUAAGGGCGAGCAUCCACUCCAAGCAAAGAAAGUAAGGUUCGAGGGUUAUGUCAAAUGAUGUCUUGUAAUACUUCAAAUAUCACAGAAAAGUCUUCUUUUGCCCGAGUCUUCUUUUGCCUCAAUCAAAAGGAUAUCAGAAGAUCUGGUGACUCUUGAUAAGGAAAUACUUUCUUCAAAGAAUCAGAUGACCUUCCCAGGUUCAUCUCAUAAUUCAACUUCUUCA